UUCAAUUCCCCGCGAUGAGUAGGCGUGGUCUCAGCUUCGAGUCACCAGGCGUGGUUUAUUGUUGAAUUGAUCCAUGACUAAACUUUCCGCUGUCAGAAGAAGGAGAGGGAGAGAACGGUAGGAAGAAGAUAUAGCUAUAGCCAUGGCGUCGAAGAUACAGCGGCUGGUGAGCCAGGCGAGGGCUACGUUCAGAAAGGUCGGCGAGGAGCCGGCUUUCUCGGACGAGAUGAAGAAGCUAAAAGAAGUGAUUAACACCCUAACAUCAGAGGACUUCAACCUGUCCCCUAGCGUAGCUCGCAAGCAGUGGAACUAUCGGCCGUACGUGGUGGACUCUCCCUCGUCGUGUAUGGAGAUUUACCAGUGUCCCGAGUUCUCCAUCGGAAUAUUUCUCAUCAAACCACACAAACACAUGCCCUUCCACGACCAUCCCGGCAUGUACGGAGUCAUGAAGGUCCUGUUCAGCUCAAUGACAGUGACAUCAUACAGCAAACUAGAGGGGCAGGCCACGCCCACCCAGGGCAUCCCCGUCCGCUGUCGGUUUCUCUCUCAGUUGUCGCUGGACUCCAAAUCGGAGCCGUGCGUCCUGUACCCGGAGCAGGGCAACAUUCACCAGAUACAGGCAGGAGAGGAAGCAGUGGCGUUCAUAGACAUACUAGCUCCACCAUACAAUCCAAAGGAAGGACGAGACUGCAACUACUAUGAAAAGAUGGAAACUAAAGAAGAUGACAAACAGAAUAUAUCUCUAAUGCCAGGACCCAAUCCAUCCUGGUUUUCAUGUGUACCUCUGUCAUACAAUGGACCCUGUCCAAGUUAGUACCAGAGACUGUCAGUAGAUGAUGUUCUUGUGAUCCUUGUUGUAAGAAGGCCAAUAUUCUCGUUCCCGCUCUGGGAGUAGCAUUCUGUAUACAUUUUUCAAUUGAAAAUAAUGUUUGUUCUCUUUCUUUUUUGUCUCUUAAUUCUGGUUAUCCAAACUUUGACUAUGAACCUGUAAAUGAACCUCACACACACUUUGAACACAACAGUUUGUGCGGGUUAACCUCAGAGAGGCAAUGCUUGUCAAGUGGGUAACUUUUGUGCACAUGCACAGACUGUCCCACUGUUUUUCACA